UUGAUCCAAAGAACAAGCACCCUCAGACAUAGCGUACUCCUGACCGCCUGCCCUGACAAUUCGCUUUUCCAACAGCUCUGUCAAACUACACUUCUUCCCAGUAUGGUUCUCGGCCGGGUCGCCCACUACGCCUUUGAUGCGGUGCUAUUAUCUGCCUUCCUCGCCGGAGUACGACGCUCCACUGGCCUAACCCCCAGCGUAAAAUCAGAGACUCUCACAGAAACCCCCGGACUUAAGAAAUGGAUCGACAACUACCUCUGGGUCGGCGAAUGGACUAUGGACCAGAGCGUCGCUGUCUUCUCCUCGUCAUCAUACUUUGAGCGGAAGCGUUGAAUAAUGAACGCGGUGAACAGGAAUAAGGGAUAAGAGGUGGAAUGAAUGGAGCGGAAGAGCAUGGGUUUAAGUGGCUUCGUAGCCGCGUUUCUCGACUCAGUCUCCAGGCAGGCGUUGGGGCAAUA